AGCUUUUCUAUCAAGAUAAAGUAUACAGAUUUUAUGUAAAUCUUUUUUCUAAUAAUUUCAUAUCUAUAAUAUGAAAGAUGAUUAUUUUUCUUAGUGAGUUACAAAAAGAACAUCUCGAUGUAUUGCAUAAGCAGUCUUUGCAAGUUCUUGUUGACUUCUGUAAACUUACUAUAGAUUAUUUAAAUAAUGGAAUUAAUAGUGAGAAAUAUACAAUUGCUGCCGAUAAAUUGGGGAUACCACUGGCUUUUAUACAGAAUUUAAUUCAAGCUCUAGCCUAUUUAAUAUUAGAAGGAUGUAAGCAUAAUUUAUCACAAACAGAUUUUAAGUCUUCACUAGCAUUGGCAGGAUUUUCAAAUGAACACCAGCAAGUCUUGCUAAAGUUGUAUAUUACUAAGAAAGAUGAAUUGUCAAGUGCAUUAAAUGUACUUCAACAGAAAGAACCAAACUAUCAGGACUUGACAUGGCGAUUUGAAGUUCAGAUGGCAUCAAGAAGAUGUAAUAAUAUGAUCAAACCAAUGAUUACCCUAAAUUUAGUUGUCACAAUACCCAAAAACUUUGGUCAUAAUGUAGAUUAUAAAUACAAAGAUGAUGUUAAAAAUCUAACUCCGGUACAAAUUAAUUCUUCUAUACAAAAUGCUAAAACAGCCAGUCAAUGUCAAAGAAUAAUAAACCACUUCUUAUUGCAAUGUGAUUUACCAAAUCUAAUACAUCUCACAAAUAAAUUAGAACAAGCCUUAAAAGAAUCAAAGAGCCAACAUGUAAGGAAAGUGCAAAGAGCUUUAUAGUUUUUUUAAAAGAAGGCACUCCAUCUACAAUUGCAGAUCUCUAUGGUCAAGGGUCGCUAGGGCGCGCUAUUUCGACCAAUUCAGAUGGAAGCAUGGCACUUUAAAAGAAAAAUAACCAAACCUUUGACUUGUGUAUAUCAUUAAUUUAAAAGAUGAAUGUUUCUCAUUCAUACACAUUCCUGUUCUUGUCAUAAUAUUUUGUAUUAUUUUCUAAGCUGGCAUUUUUUCGUUUAUAAACAGCC